UUUGUGACAUGGCACGAAUUAUGAUAUGCUAAUGUUGUGUGCUUUAAAUACUAACGUAAUUUAACAUAAUUUAAAUACUAUAGUUUGUAAAUUGUUGUAGAUUGUUUUAUAGAUAAUUGGUAGAAAUGUAUUGGUACAUUGGUGAUGAUACUUUAGUAUGUGAAAGUUCGUACCGUAAACCGAAAUCUGGUUGAGGUUAUGCCACGAUAUAAGAUUUGAAAUAUUUUUAUAAGUAGGGCGAAUUUGUAUCAAAUGCAAGUAACAGUUGGCACCAAUACAAAUUUUUUGAGUCAUGGUUGAUGAGGGAACUGUUCCAAAUGUAUCGACGUACGAGUAUCAUAUGGUCAAUGCCGAAAAUGCUCAAAAUACAUCAAGGGAAAGACGACGAGUGAAAAGACAAAUGUUCUCGGAUAUAAGAAUGAUCAGCAGAAUCGAUUGGAUCACAGUCGGUGUACUGUGUUUCGUCAAUUUAAUAAAUUACAUGGAUCGUUUUACGAUCGCUGGAAUGCUAACAGAAAUAAAAAAUGAUUUUAAAAUCACUAAUGAUAAAUCCGGGUUACUUCAAACUGCAUUUAUUCUGAGUUAUAUGGUGUUUGCACCAUUCUUUGGAUAUUUAGGAGAUCGUUACAAUAGAAAAGUUAUUAUGAGUAGUGGUGUAUUUUUAUGGUGUUUGACAACAUUUGUUGGAUCUUACAUGAAGACAUUUGGAUGGUUUCUCUUAUUUCGAGCUCUUGUUGGAAUAGGAGAAGCCAGUUAUUCCACGAUUGCUCCAACAAUAAUUAGUGAUUUAUUUGUAAAAGAUGUACGUUCUAAAAUGCUUGCACUAUUUUAUUUUGCAAUACCUGUUGGAAGUGGUUUAGGAUAUAUAACUGGUGGUGAGGUAGCCAGAGUUACUGGUGCAUGGCAAUGGGGUUUACGUAUCACUCCAGUAUUAGGUAUAUUAGCAAUUAUUUUAUUGCUAUUAGUAAGAGACCCUAUUAGGGGGGAGAGAGAAGGUGGGGUUCAUUUAUCAAAUACUGCGUGGUCAAGUGAUAUCAAGGCAUUAUUAAAAAAUCAAAGUUUUAUGCUUUCUACUGCUGGCUUUACAUGUGUGGCAUUUGUUGCUGGUGCAUUAGCUUGGUGGGCUCCAAUGUUUCUACAAUUAGGAUUUGCAUUGCAUCCUAAUGGACAUAAUGUUGAUCCAGAUGAUGUAGCGUAUAAAUUCGGAUUGAUAGGAAUGGUGGCUGGUUUAAUAGGAGUGCCAAUGGGUUCAUUAUUAGCCCAAAAAUUAAGAGUACAGUGGCAGCAAGCUGAUCCUCUGAUAUGUGCUAUGGGACUUUUAAUCAGUGUGCCAUUAUUAUUUUUUGCAACCAUAACUGCCAAUACAAAUUCUGUCUUAUGUUAUAUACUCAUAUUCUUUGGACAAUUAUCGUUGAAUUUAAAUUGGUCCAUUGUAGCAGAUAUAUUGUUGUAUGUAGUAAUACCAACAAGGAGAUCUACAGCAGAAGCUUUCCAGAUACUUAUCGCACAUGCCUUUGGAGAUGCAGGAAGUCCUUAUCUCAUUGGUUUGUUAUCGGAAGAACUGAAAACAGUUCUUCUUUCAGACUUGAGUAUGGAUGGUAAAGUAAAACAUAUAACAAAUCAAGCUGAAGACACACUUAUUGAAUUUCGCAGUUUGCAGUAUGCAAUGUUUCUUACAAUGUUCGUAGCGGUCUUGGGCAGCUUAUUUUUCUUUUUUACAGCGUUGUACAUACAAAAAGAUAAAGCAUUAGUCGAUCUUACGAUCGCAGGUGCAAAUACUUCAGAUUCAAUGUAUAUAUGUAAUGAUGAAGUUGAAAAUGAGACACAAGAUGAUGUGCACAAACCAUGAUGAUCAAUAUUUUAGAUAUUUUUAGAUUUAUUGACUCUAAGCAAAUUAUGUAACGUAAUAUUCAAGGGCAGCUGCUACAGCAACGAAUAUUUAUUAAGUAGAAAAGAGCAUUUAUUUAAUUCAGAAUGUCUCGAUUUGCGCAAUGACAAAAUAUGUUUUGAAUAUAUAUAUAACAAAUAAUUUUAGAAAUCAAAAAAUUUUACAAAUUAUUAUUAGCUUGUACUUAUAGUCAGCAAGGUAAUUAUGUUAAUAAUGUACAAAAAUACUAAGCUUGGCGAGGACUAUAUUUAACUAGAUUAAGAGCUAUUUAACAUUUAUAUGUAUUAUAGUAAUUUUACAUAUAAUAUUUUUAUAGUAAGUUUCUUCUAACAAAAAAUGCGUUAUUCUUGUGUAGUAUGCAAAAUAAAUAUUUGUCGGGUACGUCCUGUAAAAAAAUUGAUAUUUGGUUAUUAAAUAUCUUUGUAUUUGGAAAAAUUUAUAACUCUAUUCUUGCUAUGUAAGUGUUAAUAAUUUCACGUGCCUUAUGGAUUCCUAUGAGAAAAGACAUGAACAAAUUAUACAUCACAAUAAUGCAUCAUCUUCAAAUAAAUUUGGUUAAUAUAAUUUACUUAGCUCCUAAGUAAAAUAUUUCCUUUCUUAGAUAACAAUUACUGUUUUAUGUAAGAUCUUAAUAUUUUUAUAACUUUUUUUUCUGUUUAAUCAUAUGAUACUUUCAUGUAUGUAUAUUACCUGUAAUACUUUAUUUUUAUUUUUUAUUGUAAUGAUUAUUAUAAGAAUAUAAAAUAUCCGCUUUGUAAUA